GGAAACUGCAUGAUUCUGGCUCUUUCUGUUAAAAAGUUAUUCAAAGAAUACUUUUUUCCAUUCUAUUUUGAAAUGGAUAGUAGAUUACUAAAUUUUACAAUUUUUCUCUAUUCUAACUUCAAACAUCGCAUAAUUCAUGAAUUUAUUAUAUUCCACGAGAAAUUUCGAUGUCAUAUACUCAAAUUCCCUGUAACAUAUACUUUUUAUUAUCGUUCACAUUUGUAAAAGUUUACCAAAUAUGCUUUUCUAGCCUAAGAAGAAUGUAUUUUGUUUUAUUUGGCAGAUGUGGUAGUCAAACCCACCAAAAGAUCGUCAAAUAUUCUGACCGUUGUCUUCUACACAGAAGAAGAUACAAAAUCAUUUUUGGGAAAACAAAAACAAAAUAUUCAUUUGGAGGUCAAUGAUGAAAGCGAAUCUUCAGAUGAUGAGUCCUUGAAGGAUGGAAGGGAUGAUGAUGAGGAGGAAGAUCAAAAUUGUUACAAUGUUGAAGCACGUAUUCAUAUAACUGAAGCAGAACAACGGGCACGUGCAUUAACAUUUACGCUGUGGAAUAGCGCAUUUGAAUCAACAACAUUGGAAAAUCACUUAAAAUUAUUAUUCUUAAAUGAAUACAGAAGACAACCAGAUAUCAAAGCUAUUCAAAUAACUAGAACAUUGCUGCAAUCGAAAGAAACAAUGGCUUCAUCAUCCGCACACAAUCAAGAAUCAGUUUCUGCUUCCUGUUCAUCAAAUGAACAUGGCAUCAGACUAGUGAAACAGAGUCUAAAAGAAAAACCAUUCAAGUUUAAAGUUGGUGAUAAUCCGUUUGAAACGAAAGCAUCAAUAUGGAAUACAUUCGGCUUCCCGGCUGAAGCAGAUGAAAAUGGUGAAUUUAAGAUAAUUAAACAAAUGGCUAGCUGCAAGAAAAGUUUACAGAAAAAAAAAGAAGAAAAUGUCACAAAAUUGUUAGCGGAAUGGUGCGCGCUGAACCUACGACCAAUUAGUGUGGUACAGGACAGUGGUUUUUUAUCACUAGCACAAGAAUUUGUUAACAUAGGUAACAAUUGUGGUCCAGUUCCUGUUGAUGUUAAAUAUUUAAUACCAUGUAGAAAAACCCUGUCACGCGAAAUUGUGAAUACAGCUGAUGAAAAACGUCGUUUAGUUCAAGAUGAAUUGAAAAGAGCAGCUAUGGAUCGUUGUUUAUGUAUUAUUCCUGAUAUGUGGACCGACAAUCACAAACGUAUUUCAUAUUUAGGAGCUACAGCUCAGUGGAUAGAUGAUCACUUUUAUUUGAGAAGUUUGGAACUAUUUAACGAGAAAUACGACCAGCCAAAUAAAAAAGCUGCGAACAUAAUCAAAGCUUUGUUAACUGGGUUAUCUAAAUAUGGUCUGGAUGAUUAUUUAAGUGGAAUUACAUUUGUGAGUGAUCGUGGAUCUAACUUUAAAUGUGCAUUAGAAUUAUUAGCAAGAAAAUAUGGUGUCAAAGUAUAUUUUUGCGUGGCACAUCGUUUAAAUAACGUAUUAAAGAAAACAUUCUACCAAAACGACAUGAAACAAACAAAGGUAGCUGCCGAACCACCUAUAAACCCUAAUUCUGACUAUGACGACGCGGCAAAAGCUGAUUCAGAAGAAGAAGAAGAGAACACGGAUGACGGCAGCAGCGAUGAUGAAGAUGGAGAUGACGAAGAGAUAAUGAAAACUAUAACAAUGAGAGAGAAUGAUUUAACACAAGUUAAAUUGAAUCAAUUACCUCAGUAUGCUACCGAAGUUAUCAGUAACAUAAAACUAGCCAAAGAAGUUGUGCGUUACAUAAAGAGGGUGAAUUUAAAUCAAGAGUUAGAAAAGGUCCAUACUGUAACAUUAAAGCAAUGUACUGUCGUUCGAUGGUUAUCUAUGUCGGCAUUACUUGAAAGUUUAGUGAAAGCUCAUCAUCAACUUCGUAUUAUAAUGACAAAUAAUGACUCUAUUCAUCGUUUAAAUAAAUUACAAAUGGAAACUAUCGAAAAAUUAGCUGAAAUGUUAGAACCGUUUAAGGAUGUAAUGACUC